CUUUUUUUCAUUGUGGAUACAUAUCGGAUAUUCUGUGGCAAGAAACCAGAACACAAUGGAUUCGUGUGAAUUCCGGAAAAAAGGGAAGGAGAUGGUUGAUUAUAUCGCUGAUUAUAUGGAGAACAUACACAACCGCAGGGUGAUACCGGAAGUCGAGCCUGGUUAUCUAAAACAGCUCUUACCGGAUACAGCACCGGAAAUGAGUGAGAGUUUCGACGACAUCAUGAAGGACGUAGAGAGAACAAUUAUGCCAGGGAUAACUCAUUGGCAGCAUCCACACUUCCAUGCUUAUUUCCCGUCUGGAAAUUCCUACCCGUCAAUUCUAGGGGAUAUGUUGUCAGACGCUAUUGGCUGUAUUGGUUUUUCAUGGGCUUCAAGUCCCGCCUGUACAGAGCUUGAGGCCAUCACAAUGGACUGGCUUGGAAAAAUGAUGGGUCUACCCAAAAUAUUUCUCCAUGGAUCUGGGGAGGGUGGCGGUGUAAUACAGGGAUCAGCCAGUGAGUGUAUACUAGUGACAUUACUAGCGGCCCGACACCACGCUCUACAGGAAAGGGAGAGCAUGUCCCCUCUCAUCCGAAAUGAUACUAACUUACCCAAGCUGGUGGCGUACUGCUCCAAACUUUCGCAUUCCUGUGUAGAGAAGGCUGGGAUGCUAGGAUUUGUACACCUAAGACAGCUAGACGUGGACGAUAACUUGUCUCUCAGAGGCAAUGUGUUGGAGGCGGCGAUACAAGAGGACAAAAAACUAGGAUUCAUUCCGUUCUACGUGUGCGCCACGUUGGGAACGACUGCUUGCUGUUCUUUUGACAACGUGGCCGAGCUGGGAGAAGUUUGUGUCCGAGAGAAGAUAUGGCUUCACGUAGAUGCAGCGUACGCUGGGAACGCCCUCAUCUGUCCGGAGUUCCAGCACCUUAUCAAGGGAGCAGAGAACUUGACAUCAUUCAGCUGUAACCCAAAUAAGUGGAUGCUUGUAAACUUCGACUGUUCUCUGUUGUGGGUUCGCGAUAAAUUGCUGCUUACCUCAUCAAUGACAGUGGAUCCCCUCUACUUGCAACACAAACACGAAGAUCAGACGAUCGAUCUAAGGCACUGGGGAAUCCCGUUAAGUAGACGAUUCAGAGCUCUCAAGCUUUGGUUUGUGAUUCGAUCUUACGGUGUGGCAGGGCUUCAGGCGUAUAUCAGGAAACACAUCAAGCUUGCCAAAUUGUUUGAGACAUAUGUGAAGAAUGACGCCAGAUUUGAAGUGUCGGCACCUGUUCACAUGGGACUUGUAUGUUUCCGCCUUAAGGGGUCCAAUUCACUCACAAAGAAAUUAAAUAGACUUAUCAAUGAAUCUGGACAGCUGCACAUGGUACCUGCCUUGAUCAACAAAAACUACGUCAUUCGGUUCGCUCUGUGUGCGGAGAAAGCUAACGAAAACGACAUUGAGUUUGCUUGGAAAACUAUUUCAGCCAUAGCUUCAACACUUUUAGCGAGGCCAUCAGUCGAGAAAUCGGUAAGUGAAUUGAGGACGUCGGAAUCAGACGAAGAGGAAAAGUCGGAGGAAAUUUCAGAGGAGGACGAAGAGGGAGAUAAUGCCUUCAUGGAAUUUGACAACGACAUUAUUUUCGAUGAGUCAAGCACCAGGAUGAGAAGUGUAAUGUUCCGACGGAGUACGUUUCAGCGGAUGAUAUCCGAUCCUAAAUGUUAUGACCCAAAGGCACGCGGUUUCUCGAGAGGCAGUCGACGACGGUACAUGAGCGAGUCCUGUAGUAAGCGGAAUCCACUCUCGUUUGAUGAGCCUAUAUUUAAUUUCUGA